AAAUCUGGAAUCUUCAUUAUUUUAUUUUUUUUACAACUGAAAAAGGUGUGGAUCAAUCUCCAUUCUCCCUUGAUUCAGAAGAUAUCAUUUUCAGUCAUAGCAUGUUUGGUUCAACAGCUAUUGAUGAGAGAGCCACCGAAUAUCCAGUAUACUUUUUUUUGUACCUCGGUUCAUUGCGUCUUCAUAGAGACCAAUAAAUUCCCCCACCAAAAAACAUCACGUUUACUCUUCAUGCAGGGCAUGUGGACAUGUACUUGCAUAACGAUCAGUUAUAUAUUCCGUAAACAAGUUUAUAUAACUGUUACCAAUUGUGAAUACGCACCACAACUUCUAUAGGCUGUAGAAACCGGUGUUCAUGUAAAUGUUAACAACUUUGUAUGUCGUUUUCACUUGUUCACUAUUCAGUUUGUAAUGGUCGGGGGUCUUUGUUUCUGUGUUUGUUCCGAGUUUGUCUAAUCUCUCGUUCCCAGAUUGCGUGACAAAUGUUGAAGAAGAUUUAAAGGGCGACCAAGCGCGAGUUCUGACUGCUCACAUGUUGCAGCCCUGAAGGGUAUGGGGUUAACAUGAGGACUAUGCUUUACCUCAGAGGAGAGAAGAUUUUGACAUACUAUAAGCUUCAGCACUUGGUGGUCCUGUUCUGUGAGCUUAUGUGGCCUACUGCUUUGCGGCUCAGCAGUUGUUGCUCCUGAACGUUUCCACUUCAACAUUAACAGCACUUACAGAUGAAGGGGCAGCUCUAGCAGGACUGACUUGUUGGAAAGGUGUCCUCCUAUGACGGAAAAUCACUGAGCUUUACAAUGGCUGGUAAGUGGUGGGCCGUGGGCUUUGCCACCAACGCCAAGUGGUUUAUGAACCGUAAGGCUGGUAUGAAGAUGGGAACUUCCAUGAUGCUGCCCACUGCCGAAGGUGACCUGGACAUCAGCAGCGCUAUGCGCAACGCUGAUGGCUCUUGCUGGAGGAUGACUGAACUGGCCAGGAAGACUGACAUACCAGGCCGCUUCACCUUCACCAGCCAGCGUUGGAACAAUGAAAAUGACAUGCGUGUGGUAGCUGUCCAGUAUGAUGACUUUGCUCUGAUCCACACCAUCAAGACCAAACACGGAGUAACUGACGUGCUCAACAAACUCUUCAGUCGCACUCCAGAGGUGAGCGCAGAUGUCCAGAAGAAGUUCAUGCAGUUCUCUCUGGAUACAGGAAUCCUCUCUGGGAACAUUGUUUUCCUGCCCAACAACGGUGAAUGUGCCGAGGCAUAAAUGUUCACUCAUCCCAUUCUCCCUCUGCUACUCUUCUACUGGCAUCUGUCUCCAUUUCACAUCCAAACUCUUUUCCUGGAAGAAGACUGAAGACUGCAUAUAUUGAGGGAUUUAUACCACAAAUUUGAAUUAUUUUCAGCCAAUUCAAUUCAUUAUGAACAAAAUAAUAAAAGAUGAUAAAAAAAAGCAUA